AUGCUUAACGAAAAAGUAAUUGGAGAAUAUGCUUAUCUUUAAUCUGAUAAAUAUAAAAUUGGUUCAGGAUAAUUUGGACAUGUUUUUAAGGGAUAUCACGAAAUAACAAAGAAAAUAGUGGCAAUAAAACAAAUUGAUAAGAAAUUAAUGAAAGGAGUCUUCGAGUAAAUGCUAAGGAACGAAAUAGAUAUUCUAAAACAAUUAAAUCAUUAACAUAUUCUUAAAAUGUAUGCACAUUAUGAAACUUUAAACAACUUUUAUAUUGUAUUUGAAUAUUGUGAAACGGGUAUCUAGAUUUAAAUUUUAGUUAGAUAUUUUAUAAAUUUUAAAGCAACAAGGAUAAAUACCUGAAGAUUAAGUAAUAGUGUAUAUCUUAUAAAUAGCAGAGGCACUUUUAUAUUUAAAAUAGAGAUGUAUAUUUAAAUAAAUUAAUAUAGAAAUAAUACAUAGAGAUAUUAAACCAUCAAAUAUUUUAAUUCAUAAUGGAGAAGUAAGAUUAGCUGAUUUUGGAUUUGCUAUAUAAUAAGAUAAAUUAAAAUUUGAGGAAAGGAAAUUAUAAGUUGGUUCUCCUUUAUAUAUGUCUCCUGAAACUCUUUUAAAAUAAGAUUAUAAUCAUAAAACUGAUAUAUGGUCAUUGGGAGUCUUAUAUUUUGAGAUGAUAUUUGGUAUUCUUUUUUAAUUAUAUAUAGGUGUUGUACCUUUUUUCUCUAUGGAGUUAGAAGAUUUAAUUAAAAAACUCAAAUAAUACUAGUAAGAUUAGGUGUUAUUUUUUAAACAUCCAAUUUCUAAUGGUAGUACUGAAGCAAUUAGAAAUUUAUUAGCUUAUGAUCCUAAAUAUAGAUGCGAAAUUAUAUAAUUAGCUGAAAUACUUCAGAAACAUCUCAGAAAUAGAAAAGCGAUGACUAAUAGUGCACAUUCUGAGAAAAGAUAUAAAUCACCAACAAUAAAAAGAAGAAUUACUCCAGAUCCUAGUCCUUAAAGUAAUUGUAAAAAUAUUACUGUGAGUAAAGAUCCAGUUAACAUUAAUACUAGCUCUGCUUAAAAAACAUAUAAAUAAGCUACAUAUUUUAAUUAAAACUAUUCUUUAGAAUUAAAAAAAAUUUAAGAUAAAAAUGACUCAUAUUUGAAACAGAACUUUAGAAAUAUUAAUCAAAAUUAGAAUCAUAUAGAGAAUAUGAGUAAUGAAGAUUUCUUAAGUCUUUAUAUUGAUAAACUAGAAAAAUUAAAGGAAUAACACCAAUAAGAAGGAUUUAUAAAAAAUCUCAGUGAAUGCUAACUUUUAAUUGUAUGAUAUAUAUUUAAUUAUAGUACUAAUACUAUGGUAAGGAUGAAAAAAAACUUAAUCUUAUGAAAGAAAGGUUGACUAGACUAUGA